AUGGCCGGAGUUGGUAGUAACCUGAAAGCUCACCAAUAUGAGCCUUCUCAAACAUCCGAAGUCGGCUCAGAGACAAGGAGUGCAACAACCAUUGAGUAUAGGCGCCAUCCCAUCUACUAUCCCAGCGAGUGGCUACUGGAAUCCAUCAGUUCACUCAUGGCCCUAGGUCUCCUCCUUGGAAUUGCUAUUAUCUUCUGGUAUAUGGACAACAAGCCUCUCUCUGCCUGGCGCGGUCCCAUCUCUCUGAACGCGACUAUUUCUAUCCUGACAACUGCCUGCACUGCCAUGCUGAUGCACGGAGUUAGCACAUUCAUUGGACAGUCUAAAUGGCUUCAUUUCAAGAACAGGCCUCGCAAGCUCGCUGACUUGGAAACAUUUGACGGAGCAAGUCGCGGUGUGUGGGGGUCUAUCCUACUGCUGACCACUAUCAAGUGGAAUCUUGCCACCAUCGGCGCAUUCAUCACAAUCUUGCGACUUGCUUUCUCACCCUUCACACAACAGGUGGUUCUGAUUGAGCAGCAUGAGAUCAUCUCCCCUUCUGACACCGCCGCCUUCGGUUAUGCCCACAAUUACAGCCGGAAUGUACUAGAGUGGCUUGGCAAACGCUGGCAGAAUGUCCCGCAGGAUCCUGGUAUGCAGUCCGCAAUUAUGCAGGCUCUGUAUGGUGUCAACACAACAGAACCUUUCAUGUGCCCCGGGGUCUGUCGCUGGACCGGGUCAUACAUAUCACUUGGGUUCAAGGCUACGUGCAAAAACGUCACCCAGGACACAUUGCAAACUGCCACCUGCGAAAGUGAUGAAAUUUCCCUGCAGCGAUGCAACAUGACCACACCAGGAGGAGUCGGCCUUGCCACUCGCGCGUUGUUUACUGAAUUGGCAACAGAAUACUAUAUGAACGCGUCGUCGCUGCUGCCGGUUUCAUCAUCACGUGAAUUUCUGGAUGCAUUUCCCGAAAUAACACGAUUUGGAAUCUAUAGAUCGACUCCAGACUUUGGUUUUAAACAACAGAAUGUCAAUAUUACAGAGUGCUCUCUCUUUCUCACGGCCUACGAAUACAUGGGAGCCAAGGCUAAUGGAAGCCAUUUCUCCUUUGCGAGCAGGCAGGAGGUUGAUUUUGGCGUGAAGAAUCCCUGGGCGUUCAGGAGGGAAGAAAGCCUAAUGGACAUGAAACUCAUGCAUCUGUACACGAACGAGUCGACGAGUGGCGAUACCCAUAUUCCUUCUCUUGAAAUCAGCUAUGCCAGUCUCGCCGCCGUGGAAAAUUUCUUUCUGUCCUCAUCAAUAGUGACCGAGUGGGUUGUAGGGAACUUUAUCAACGCCGACUUCGGUGUCGCCGCUGCUCUAUCGGGCGACGUGGACCUUAGCAACCGGUUUGACAGAAUGGCGACUGCCAUGACGGAUUAUCUGCGGUAUGGUCCGAAUACCCAGUCUGCACAGGGAGAGAUAUAUCAGACCGAGCCAUUUGUAUUCAUCCGCUGGGGCUACUUCGUUGUUCCGAUUAUUACUGAGGGGCUUGCGAUUUUGUUCGCCAUCUCGACUAUUUACAACAAUCGCCGGAGCCGUCGCGUUCCCCUGUGGAAGUCUUCAACCCUCGCUGUAUUGGCCUGUCAGCAUGAGGCGGGCCUUGGACUUCUACAGACCAGCAGCAAGGAUAUUAACGAGAUCCAACAUGAAGCAAAUAAGGCUGAGGCACGGCUGUAA